UUAGACCUUUGUGGCAAAGACAGCAGCACUCCCCACUGCACCACAUGCUGGAUGGGGUCCUUCCCCAAGUGGGGGGGGUCUACAGCAGCUCGGCCUUUCGUGGGGUUCGAACCAGCACGCUUCAGGUUCAAGUCCACAUGCGUUCAUCACUUUGUUACCUGACAGUGGCACCGUCCUCGAGAACUUCUCUGCGAGCCCCUCUCACUGUAUCCCCGUCCUGCAUCCCGCUGCCUGUCUCAGCCUUGCCAUCGGACCUCCGCACGGACGACCAGGACCGCUGCCACCACAGCAGACAGGUGAGAUGAAGGCUUCCUCAGCAGCGUCUUUGAGCAUCUUCUGCAUGUUCAUCUCAUGGGUGUGUCUCCUGGAUGCCAUCGACCCAAAUUCCACCACAGUCCACAAUGGACAAGAAGUCAACAUGACGAUGACCACGCCCAGACCUACAAACACUUUGCACAACACGACAGUCCCCAUGAUGACCGCUGCUGAGGUCACGACCUCAGGGGACCACAACAUAGUUGGGAGUAGCUCCACCCCACCUGCGAGUAACACGGAUGGGGGAGGAAAAGCAGAAACAUUGACUGUGAGCUGGACCGCAAAAACAAAAGCAACAAAGACCACAAUUCAGUCCAGUACAACAAUGGCAAAUACCACGAAGAUGAAAGAGCUCACAAAAAAUUCCAAAAUAAUGACUGUCUUAGUUCUGCUGCUGCUCUUCGCCCUUAUUGCACUGGGGGUCUUCCUGGCAAAGCGGCGGAACCGGGAUCAGGUCAGGGACCGGGUCAGGGACUGGGUCAGGGGUGCCGAGGCCCGGCUCGGGUUCCGACUGUGUCCGACAGGGAGGACGGGCCAUCAGAGGGAGGCUGACACCAACAGCCUGGCGGAGGAGGGGGCAGCGCCGGACGAUGACUCUUCGGAUGACUACUCCAGCUUUGGGGGCAUGAACCUGCAGGAGGGAAUCAAAGGGAGGGAGGAGGGAGGGGCCCAGAGGGAGGGUGAGGAAAAGGGUGAUCAAGUGGAGAAGGGAAGAGAGCAAGAGGAGAAUGGUGGAGACAGCACUGCGGGGGAGCAGUGGCAGGGGGCAGGGGCAUCAAAAGGGACUGAGGCAGGAGAGACUGACAUUACUAUUUUGUGAGGUGUCCUGGAAGUGAUGUCACUAUAAUGCAUGUGUGGUUGGGGAGUACAGGAAGUGACAUCAUUCUGCUUUGUCAGGUGCAGGAAGUGAUAUUGUGAAGAAGAUUAGAGGGUUGGGAUUAGGUGUUUUCAAUUUCUGUAAAAGUGCUUUAAAUCUCUCAUAUUCUGUAGUUUUAAUAAA